AUGGUCCCCUCACUUCCACCUGAAACUUAUCAAAAUAUCUUUAGGAACCUUGUCACUGACCCAAGAUCUUUAGCGUUUGCUAUAAGAGUUAACCGUACAUGGAGCGAAAUCGCUAUACCUAUUCUUUGGCAAAAUCCCUUUGCUACUAUGCCUUUUCCUUCGUUCAUUCUUAAUACCAACAAUGGCAAUAUUCCAUCAGACGUACCAAUUAUCGAGACUUAUAUAACAUGUCUACCUGAAGAAGCUAAGAAAAAAUUAAUAGAUGCUGGAUUGAAAACAUAUUUUCCUAUAACAGAAAAACCAACUUACGAUUAUGCAUCGUAUUUGCAGACUUUGAAUUAUCGACUUUUACAGGACGCAGUUAGUGAGGUGUUUCCAGAUACAAUUUUAGAAGAAACAAGAAAAACAUAUAUCACAUUAGUUCUUGAAGAGUUAUGCAAAUUAUUUAUCAGUCAAUGUGCGAACUUAAAAUCUAUUCAAUACAUCGGCUAUCCGUCACUUAGUCCUUACAUAAUUGCGAUUCCUUCUCGAUCUAUCGAACCAAUUUUUAUUGAUUUAUGUGAGCUUCCUGGUGCCGAGGCUUGCCUGUCCAAAUUACAAAGUUUUGAAUAUGGAGGAAAUAUUCCCAUCGACUUGCUUCACGCGUUUUCCCGAGUCGUCAAGGAACUUGACAAUUUGACUAUUACAGCACUUGGAGAUGAUAAUGAAGGAUUAAUAGCGUUGAUAGAUGCUCAAACUAAGUUACAAAAUGUUAAAAUUGAUGCACAUGAGAAUAUACCAAAUAUUAUGUCAGCAAUUCAAUCAAAAACUGGAACAAUCAAGAAAGUUUCUAUCGUCGGUCGCACUUCUAUUCUUUUGGAUGAAUUUUGUAGGUUUUCCAACCUUGAAGAAUUGACAUUGGAAUUCCCUUAUAAUCGUCUUUCAAGAAGUUCUUUAUGGAUUACUCAAGCAGAGAAACAAGAAAUACUCCGACGGCAAAGAGAAUUCCAACAAUCUUUUCAUCAAGCACAAAUUCAAUAUCAAUUACAAGUUGCACCAGUUGUCCAACCACUGACCCAGCAACAGCUUCAACCUCAACCAGUAGCAAUACAAAAUCAAAAGUAA